AUGGUCGUUGCCUGGGGGCUUUCGCAUGCAAUCUGGGAAUCUAUUCUAUCACAACUGCUGAACUUCGAGGAGCUGUUCUGGGGCUACAAGCGGCUUGGAAUGAGGGAUACCGUUAAGUGCAACUCCAACUAG